AUGGGCGCCCCUUCCGGCAGCCGGGUGGCCUUUUUGGCCUACUUCCACCUGGGAUGCGCCACCCUGUUCCCCUGGUCAGCCCUCAUCACGGCGGCAGACUUUUGGGAGAGCCAGUUCCCGGGCAAGCACAUGGACCGCCUGCUCACGGUGGCCUACCUGCCAGCCAACCUGGCGGCGCUGGCGGUGCUCCUCCGCCACGGCAGCCGGCUGACCCCCCGCAUGCGGGUGGUGGGCGGCUUCACUGGCUACACAGCCAUCAUGCUGGCGGUGCCGCUGCAGGCCAAGCUGCUGACCCCUAGCACCCCCGUCCUGGUCUGCCUGCUGGCCCUGGUGGCCUGCGCCGGCGUGUGCGACGGCGCCGUGCAGGGCGCGCUGUACGGCGAGGCGGCCGGGUAUCCCACCACCCUGUUCACCCGCGCCCUGACCAGCGGAUCCAGCAUGGCGGGAGUGGUGGUGGCCUUUUUGCGCCUGGCCACCAAGGCCACCCUGCCCGAGACGCCCGCCGGCCUGGCCGCCUCCGCCAGCCUCUACUUUUUGCUGGCCGCCGCCGUGACGGGCGGCGCGUCGGCCGUGUACGGCUGGGUGCUGCCCCGCCUGGCGGCGGUACGGCACUACCGCACCAUCGCGCUGGAGGCGGCGCUGCUGGGCGGGUCGCGCACCGCGCUGCUGUGGGUGGCCAUUGCGCGCGCCGGCUUCGUCCCCGCCUUCCGCCUGGCCGCCGAGCGCCAGGUGGGGCCGCCCAUCGUGGGCGGUCUGACGGCGGCGCUGGGCGCCACCAACGGAUGGGUGACCGCCUGCGCCAUGAUGGCCGCACCCAACGGCCUGCACGGCGCCGCCGCCAGCCUUGCGGGCACCAUCUCGGUCUUCUCAAUCGUGCUGGGGCUGUGCUGCGGCGCAUUGUUGAGUUUCGCCUGGCUGCUGUGA